ACAAUUUCGACCAUCAUGAACAUAACUAAACUCACUCCUUGGUUUCUUUUCUCGUGUCUGAUUCUUCUAUCAGACUACAUAAAGGUAAACGGUUCAAUUUCUCCAUCUAGCGAGCAGACACAAAAAGAUGGAAUUUUUGGUUUUAAACCUAAGAAGUUGUUUGUGUUCGGAGACUCGUAUGCAGACACCGGAAACACACCUUUCCUGAUCGCUCCCUCGUGGAGGUUUCCCAACGGAAUCACUUUCCCGGGAAUACCUACCGGGCGAUUCUCUGAUGGUCGUAGCUCCACUGAUUAUCUCGCGAAGUAUGUUGGAGUUAGAACGCCGAUCACACACAAAUGGGGGAAAUACGGACGACCGAGACUAGCUGUGAAAAGAGGAAUGAAUUUCGCUUAUGGUGGAGCCGGUGUGUUUGAGACUAUGUUCAAAUUAAUUCCUAACGCUAGUGUGCAGAUCGAUUUCUUUGAACAACUCCUCAGGAAAAAUGUUUAUUCACCAGCCGAUCUCAACUCCUCCGUCGCUUUCUUUAGCAUCGUUGGCAAUGACUACCUUACUUACAACAGACGUAAUGGUACCGAACAGGGUCGUCCAGCACUCAUAAGGAGAGUUGUGAAACAGAUUUUGGUAGAUGUGAAGCGAAUUAAGGAUUUAGGAGUAAGGAAGGUGUUGGUGGCUUUAUCACCACCGCAGAAAUGUUUGCCUUUGCUUGUCACUCCUAAAGGCUGUGAUACCAACGACACCUCGACGCACCUCCACAACAGUCUUCUCCGCAAAGGACUGAUAAAACUAAACACUAAAAAGAUUAACAAUGAUGAUAAAAGUUUCCUCCCGUUUGAUCUCUACAAUGCCUUUGUGACCAUAUUCAAGAACAAAGGAGUUCCAGGAGUUUCGACAUUUCCGGAUCCGUUUAAGGCAUGUUGUGCAACAAAACGAGUUUUGAUUAUUCCGAUGAGAUCUCCAACGAAGACGAUGCCUUCGAUGUCACCAUCUUCAAUUUCCACGGAGAAAUCUCCACCUCCGUCAGAUACUUCAAUGGCUAUAGUAGCUUUCGAUAACUCCACUACUCACUUGUCUUCUUCUCCAUCGCCGCCACAUUCUCUUGAUCAUUCCAGUGAAUCGGAGAAGGAAGAAGAGAAACGUAGACCCGAGAGUAGGAGAAACAAGAAUCCGGUGAAGGUUGAGGAAACUACAUCUCCAAUAGUGGUGGUUCAUAAUCACAAUCGCUCUGUGAAAGAAGUGGUUCCAACGAGGAAGAGUGCGAGAGUUGGUUCUGGGAGAAGUAGUGGGCAACGAUCUGGAGCUGUUUUGGCUAUUUUGAGAAGGUUGGAGUGGUGAUUCUUUCGAUCGUUACAAGGAGUACAGGUUUUGUCUGUCUGUGAACGUGGUUGCUUUUAUAUAUUCUAGUUUUCAAGCAUGUGACUUAGCGUACCAUCUUGUAAAAGAGAAGCACUUGAUCAGCCACCACCUUCGACCUAUGUUUGAGUUCAUUAUAGAUCAGGCAAGUCAUUAACUUACUAUCAUUCGCCAUUCUAAAGAGCCUUAUCUUGUUCCCUCUAUGGUAUUCCUUUCUUACUUUCGUUCUUGUAUGAUCUUGGCUCAACUCGGUGAUGAGAAGACUUGGUUAUAGAUUAUUCCUGAUAUUUUGACUUGCACUUUUAGCUGGUGUUACCCUGUCUCCUAUGAGGCAAAGAAAAACACUUUGUGGUU